GCAACUAUUUGGGGGCAAUGUUAUACCCAUGCCAUCUCGCGUUCGCAGAAUAAGGAAGACCACUAUUGGGACGCUAAAUGCUGUCGCAGAUUUACAGAGAGUGCAUCCCGGGUCAGAGGAGUUGUUCACACCCUCAUUGGAUGCAUCAGAUUUCCCAGAAGGACAGCGUGAUGCGCCUCAACAAUUUUUACAAUGGGGGGAUGUGGCAGAGCUCCAGGACAUAGCUGUGUCGGCGGUGCCCAGGGGCGUAAUUGCCCCAAUCCAGGAGCUACCUCAAAGCGGAGCUGAAGAGGCACCCUUUGAAGGAGAGAGCAAAGAAUCAUCAGAGACCGACCGCACCUCGAUUUCACCUGAGCAGGAAGCCUGUCAGUGUCAUGGGAACGAGGGUGAUGUAGAAUGUGAUUGUGUGUGUUAUAUUCCAAACACCCCCAUCAGUCAGAGACCCAAAGCUAAAGUAAUCCCACAGGCUCAUGCAACAUCAGACGUCUCUGUAAAUACAGAAGAUAUUGAUGAGGUAUUUCAAUGUGGUCAAGUAUUGGAUUGUUCUAGUACCAACAGCAGUCUUGAAGCAGUUGAUCACAUAAACCGUCCUGAACAGAUAACAGUAGUUGAGGACGAGGCCCUCUUCGAAUUCUGUGCCGAAACUUCACGCCGACACACCGUGUCAAAUGCGAUACAUCGCCAGCUAGAAUCCAAAGUUGAUAAUUUACAAAAACACAUCGAUAGUCUGGUGAAUGCAGUGGGUGCAUUGCAAGCCACCAAUACAAGUCUGUUUGAUCUAGUUACGUCCUUGGUUGCAGCGUUAACGGCAAAAGAGACGCUCGAGACAGCCGCGGUAGAGAGAACGCAUUAG